AUGCUGACCCGCCUGUUCAGCGAGCCUGGCCUCCUCUCGGACGUGCCCAAGUUCGCCAGCUGGGGCGACGGCGACGACGACGAGCCGAGAAGCGACAAGGGCGACGCGCCACCGCAGCCUCCGCCUGCUCCUGGGUCGGGGGCUCCAGGACCCGCCCGGGCCUCCAAGCCGGUGUCCCUUCGUGGAGAAGAGGUCCCCGAAGCCACGUUGGCAGAAGUCAAGGAGGAAGGCGAGCUGGGUGGCGAGGAGGAGGAGGAAGAGGAGGAGGAGGAAGGGUUGGACGAGGCGGAAGGCGAGCGGCCCAAGAAGCGCGGGCCGAAGAAACGCAAGAUGACCAAGGCACGUCUGGAGCGCUCCAAGCUGCGGCGACAGAAGGCCAACGCGCGGGAGCGCAACCGCAUGCACGACCUGAACGCCGCGCUGGACAACCUGCGCAAGGUAGUGCCCUGCUACUCCAAGACGCAGAAGCUGUCCAAGAUCGAGACCCUGCGCCUGGCCAAGAACUACAUCUGGGCUCUCUCGGAGAUCUUGCGCUCCGGCAAGAGGCCGGAUCUGGUGUCCUACGUGCAGACUCUGUGCAAGGGGCUGUCGCAACCCACCACAAAUCUGGUGGCUGGCUGCCUGCAGCUCAACUCUCGUAACUUCCUCACAGAGCAGGGCGCGGACGGCGCCGGCCGCUUCCACGGCUCGGGUGGCCCGUUCGCCAUGCACCCGUACCCGUACCCGUGCUCCCGCCUGGCGGGCGCACAGUGCCAGGCGGCCGGCGGCCUGGGCGGAGGCGCAGCGCACGCCCUGCGGACCCACGGCUACUGCGCCACCUACGAGACGCUGUACGCGGCGGCGGGUGGCGGAGGUGCCAGCCCGGACUACAACAGCUCUGAGUACGAGGGCCCGCUCAGCCCCCCGCUCUGUCUCAACGGCAACUUCUCACUCAAGCAGGACUCGUCUCCCGACCACGAGAAGAGCUACCACUACUCUAUGCACUACUCGGCGCUGCCCGGCUCGCGGCCCGCGGGCCACGGGCUGGUCUUUGGCUCGUCGGCCGUGCGCGGGGGCGUCCACUCCGAGAAUCUCUUGUCUUACGAUAUGCACCUUCACCACGACCGGGGCCCCAUGUACGAGGAGCUCAACGCGUUUUUCCAUAACUGA